AUGCACCACCAGCCCAACAAAGUUCCGCAGAAGGUGACGCUUGAAAUGCUGGCCAAGAUCGGGGUCAUUGCAGAUUACUACAAGUGCAAGGAUAUCCUUCACCUCCCGAAAGGUGAUGAUUGGAUCCGGUCUCUCGAUGAACAGUAUCCACCAGCGUGUCUGCGAGACCUGACUCUCUGGCUAUGGAUAUCUUGGGCUUUCCAGAUCCCCGACAAGUUCAAAGCUAUCACAGGAUUCAUUAUGUCAAACAGCAUCAGUCUGAUCAUGGACACCGGGGAACUUCCCAUUCCUCCUAAAAUCAUCGCAGCAAUGAACGAGUCCCGGGAAGCCGCUUCGAAAAGGCACUGUUUCAAAUCCAGCAAGCCCGCUAGGAGUACCUAA